GGUGACCGGGUGACGGCAGUAGCGGCGGCAGUAGCAAUAGUAUAAGUUGUUCCGCGUUUGCUGUGAAAAUUCGCGAGCGGUCCGCGUGACAGUACAUGGAUUACGUGUAUUUACGAGCCGGACGAUGAUGUCGGAGAACUGGUGCUGCGUGAUUCACGCAAGAUCGAGCCGUUCGCCUAAGUGCCAGUGAAUCGUGUAUCGUUUUGUACCACCGGUUCGCAUUUUUCCUUGUCUCGGCGAAACUUCUCUUUCUGUUAGCCAACAGGGAUAAUAGGCCGGGCCUAUCAGCACAGUAGGAAAAUGGCGGCUCGCCUUGCGUGGCGUAGACGACAAGGGGUAACGAGGCUCCUCUUCGGGUAACGUGACAAAAGUACGAAAAGUAAGAGCAACCCUUCAUCACCGUUGUCGGCCGUUUCACGUAAAAGUGCGAAAAGUGAAAUAGUGCGUGGCGCCUGUUCGAUCGUCCAGCGUGGUGAAACGGAAAGCGAGAAGAGUAAUACGUAUAUCAGAGGAGGAACGCGCGUAAGAAUAAGAGAGAUAGGUACAGAUAUACAGAGAAGGAAAAAAGGAGGGACCUCGUUAGCGCGAAUACCACGAGUUACGAGAUGAGAGCGAGACGUGAGGAAGAGCGGCGGAAAAACAACACGGGAUCCGAGUAACGAAGAAGAAUCACUGUGCGUUCCGUUUGUGCACGCGUGUACGCUCGUAUGAGAGCGAGCAACGAUCAACGGUGACAAGUGUUCCGUCGACGGGGAACGUUCGCCUUAGCCCCACGUCGACAAGAAGAUGAUUAUUAUGGUCAUUGAGAUUACGUUGUGGCUACGUCGAUCGCGAUCCUCGUGCCGCCGUUUAAUGUCGUCGCCAUUGAGCUACGGCCGCUUCCGCGAAAAUUAGUUUUUUCGCGAGGGAGCGAGUGGACGGCCGAGCGAGCGACGGCGAGACGACGGGGACGACGACGUCAAAACGACGAAAACCUGAGGGAAGAUGAGAGGCGCGUGCGACGGCGGCAUAGCGAGCUUUCUCGCUCUGGCGCUUUUCUGUUUAUUCCACACGUCAUGCCUUGUGGACGGACUGUUGAAAUGUUACUGCGAUAUCUGCACGGAGACCAAUCACACGUGCGAGACCGAUGGCUAUUGCUUUGCUAGCACCAGCCUGGAGAACGAAGUGCCCACAUUAGCUCGGAGGUGUUACGAUAAGGUACGCUUCUUCCCGGCGCCUGAGUACUCGAUCUGGUGCAACACGAAUAGCACGCUACGCGGUCCAGACGACGUGGAAUACGUGGUCGCCUGCUGCGACCACGCUGACUUCUGCAAUCGCGACCUAAGGCCCUAUUUAUCCCCUCGCAAGUCCAGAGGUGGGGCAUACUUUCGACACGCCGAUUACCUCGGACGAGUGCCGCCAGGCGAUGACCCAAUGUGGGUCACUUGGAAAAUGGCCUUGACGAUAGCGAUGCCAAUAUGCGCAAUCUGCGUGGUGGUUAUGGUCAUUUAUCACGUACGGAUGACCAGAAGAAGACCCGGGGAUUCCGAUGACUCUCAGGAGGCACCGGAUCGGCCCAUCCUGGGCGGCGUUACCAUUAGGGAUAUGCUGGAAAUGACGACUAGUGGCAGCGGCUCAGUAGGCCUGCCGCUUCUGGUACAGCGGAGUAUAGCACGCCAGAUUCAGCUAGUGGAGACGGUCGGUAAAGGUCGUUUCGGCGAAGUCUGGCGUGGCCGUUGGCGGGGUGAGAAUGUUGCCGUGAAGAUCUUCAGCUCGCGCGAGGAGAGGUCCUGGUUCAGGGAGGCCGAAAUUUAUCAGACGGUGAUGCUCAGACACGACAAUAUCCUUGGAUUCAUCGCUGCCGAUAACAAAGACAAUGGCACGUGGACCCAACUGUGGCUGAUCACGGAUUAUCACGAGAAGGGUUCGCUGUUCGAUUAUCUGAACAGAUCGACCGUGGACACGAACGGUAUGAUCAGGAUGGCAUUGUCGAUUGCCACCGGGCUCGCGCAUCUUCACAUGGAUAUUGUAGGCACGCAAGGGAAACCGGCUAUCGCUCACAGGGAUCUAAAGUCGAAGAAUAUCCUCGUGAAGACGAAUGGGACAUGUGCGAUCGGUGAUCUCGGAUUAGCCGUUAGGCAUGAUGUGAUAACGGACACCGUUGAUAUUCAGUUGAACAAUCGGGUCGGUACCAAACGGUACAUGGCGCCCGAGGUUCUCGAAGAGACGAUAAACAUGAACCACUUUGAUUCCUUCAAGAGGGCUGACGUAUACGCUCUCGGGUUGAUCCUCUGGGAGAUUGCCAGGCGGUGCAACGUCGGCGGGAUUCACGACGAAUAUCAGCUACCGUUUUACGAUUUGGUGCCUUCCGAUCCGACGAUCGAAGAAAUGCGUAAAGUUGUGUGCACCGACAGACAGAGGCCGUCGAUACCGAAUCGUUGGCAGUCGAUCGAGGCGUUACAAGUGAUGUCGAAGGUGAUGAAAGAGUGUUGGUAUCACAAUGCGGCAGCUAGACUAACCGCGCUUAGGAUUAAAAAAUCUCUCGCGAACUAUGGCGCGAUAGAGGACUUGAAGUGAAAAGAGGCAAGUCUUCAAGCGAUCGUUCGAGCGAUCGGUAUGAAAAUGAAAGAAGUGCUCGAAACACACGUGAACACUCACUUUAAUCGUAACUCUUUUAUUGCAAUAAAACUUUUUAAGUGCCGUGUUAUUACGCGCGAGACAAAAAGUGCGAAAUUGUAUGGUAGGAAGCAGGAGAGAAAGGGAGGGAGAGAGUGCGAACCUGAGAGAAAGAGCGAGCGCGAGAGAGGGAGAGAGUCAGGGAGAGAUGUAAGACACUUGAUCGAUAUGAAAAAUUCUAAUAGUUGAAGCAGAGAGCCUAACGAAAGACUGGUUUAAAAAAUAAUAAUAAUCGAGACGACGUUCCUUUAAUUGCAUUGACUUGGUCGAGUCGUAGACUCUAAUUUCAAGUAUAUCAGCCCGUACGUAUGAAGUAAUGGAAUUAUUCUACGUAAUCAAGAAGUCGGAGUUAUGUAGGUAAGUGAAGGGAAUCUGUUUUCGGCAAAAAUGAAAGAAAAGGGAGAACACUCAUUAACGAGCAGUGACUGUCGGAAACACGGACAGGGUCGGCGAUGAACAUCCGAACGGAAAAAUUAAAUGGGUUUUGUCAUCAUAAUCAAUCGGUCGAUCGAUCGUUGUCCGAGAAGGAAUUAAUUAAAUACGCCCAAUCUAUUCGAUUAAUCGAACGCAAUAUUAAGCCUGGUCACGCGUCACACACUGCUGUAUAUUUAUUGAUAGUAAUAAUAAAGAAAAGAUAAUGGAAUAUAUAAAUUUAUUAUAUAUAGCGACGUUUAUUGAGUAAUAUUAAUAAAUAUUAAUAAAUUUGUACAUUAAUAUAUACACACAUAUAAUUAUAUUUGUAAUCAGGCGAUGCGAUUCGAUUGACCGAACUAACACGUUUACCGGCUGUCUUUUAACAAGUUAUUGUUUCGUAGGGACGAUUAAAUAAUCAAUCAAUAAUUGUAUAAUUUAUUAAUCGAUCGAUCGACGACGAGGGUUUCUCGCAAACGGACUUUCUUCGCUAUACGAAGUUUCUUUGGAGAGAAUUUUACAAACCGAAUGGCCUCCGAGUCAAAUUAGAUUUUUGUACGUUUCAGCACUUUUUACUUGAUUUUAAAUUUUUUUAAAAAUACGUAUCAUAUUAUAAAGAUUCGUUCGUGUAAUGCCGCGCGCACAAUUACUCGUGAUUAGCUCGUGAACAGUUACAAAUUAUGUUCGUUACCGACUUAUUCUCGGCGAGCGAGAGAACCGAUUGCAAGCUAUUCGCGAACGCAAUUGCGAGCUGCAGUCUGGCCAAGGCGUAAUUUUACCGGUGCGUGUAGAGACUGGAUCGAAUUUUUUUCGAAAGAAUAUACCAUACAUAACGUGUUACAAGAGAAAUGCAUAUCCUUGUUUUCUCGAUUCUACAAUCGUUUAGAAUCGAAUGUUUGCGUCGAUUCUGAACUUAUAUACAGGGUAGAUAGAAAGAGCCGAACAAUUUAUAGUUAUUGAAUGGAAACGACCACACGUAGUUCAAGUAUACGCGUUUUCGCCCCCUCUUUUUUUAUCUAUUAUUAAAGAAGGUAGCUCUUAUAAAAUCUUUUUAUCAGUCGUUUUUUUACAUCGAUGCAAGCAAUACUUUUUAAAAAUAUGCUCUCGUUUUGGAAGUCUAACUUUCGAAUUUUUCUCAAGGUUUUUACAACGAAUGACUGUUUCCGAUUUUGUCUUCUUUCUUUUUUAAAUCUUAUUACUACAAACACGUAAAUAAUAUAAUUUAGAGAUGGCGUAAACUGCUACUUUUCGAUCACGAGUGAUUCCAAAUCACCGUGAUUUUUCACGGUGAUCGUGAUUUUGGUGAUCUUCUCACUGGUGGAGAGUAGACUGUGACGACGGCGUGAAUUUGUGCUUUGAGGCCCAAUAAUCUGACGUCUCCAAUAUACGAAUAAUACUAAUCGAAUGAUUGACGCCGUUGAAUUUCUACCAGUUUCUACAACUAUUAACUAACUUCUAUGAUGUGGAUAUAACGAUUCAAAAAUAUUAAGGUAAAAAUAUGAAUUACAUAAAGAAGUAGAGACAAUUAAUGAUAUUCAAUACUGAAUUACAAUAAUAUACAUACAUGUAGUAUGUAUGGAAAUAGAAAAAAUAAUUUGUUUAUGGAUUUCUUUAUUUC